AUGGCAUUACCAAAGCGGAUCGUCAAGGAGACGGAGAGGUUGAUGAAAGAACCUGUGCCAGGCAUCAGUGCAAUUCCCCAUGAGGAUAAUCUAAGAUAUUUCGACGUCUCGAUACACGGUCCUUCCGCAUCCCCAUACGAAGGCGGUAUUUUCAAACUGGAAUUGUUCUUACCAGAUGACUAUCCGAUGACUCCGCCUAAGAUUAGAUUUCUCACCAAAAUUUACCAUCCAAACAUUGAUAAGCUGGGCCGAAUCUGUUUAGACGUUCUCAAAGGUAACUGGUCUCCUGCACUCCAGAUUCGAACGAUCCUCCUCUCAAUUCAAGCUCUCCUCGGUGCUCCCAACCCAGACGAUCCUUUAGCUCCAGAUGUAGCAAAGAGAUGGAAGGAUGACGAGCCGGCCGCAAUUGCGACUGCUAAAGAAUGGACAAGAACUCAUGCUAUGACUUAA